GUUUCCAUGAAGAUAAACAAUUGAAAUGUGGAUAGCCUAUUUGUAGCUUGGUGGUAGUUGUCAUCUGGAACCUGCUGGUGUCUCCUCCCAGUAGUUGGUGUAAUAUUGGCUUCUGAGAGCCAUGAAGGUUGUACCGGAGAAGAAUGCUGUCCGCAUCCUGUGGGGUAGGGAACGGGGUACCCAAGCCUUGGGUGCUCAGCGGCUCCUGCAGGAGUUGGUGGAAGAUAAAACUCGAUGGAUGAAAUGGGAGGGCAAGAAAGUUGAGUUACCAGACAGUCCACGCUCCACCUUCUUGCUGGCGUUUAGUCCAGACAGGACCCUAAUGGCUUCCACACAUGUGAACCACAACAUCUACAUCACAGAGGUGAAAACGGGCAAAUGUGUUCAUUCCUUGGUCGGACAUCGCCGCACUCCCUGGUGCGUCACUUUCCAUCCCACCAUCCCAGGCCUCAUUGCUUCAGGAUGCCUAGAUGGGGAGGUUAGAAUUUGGGAUUUACACGGUGGAAGUGAGAGCUGGUUCACAGAUAGCAACAAUGCCAUUGCAUCGCUUGCUUUUCAUCCUACGGCUCAGCUCUUGCUGAUUGCAACUGCCAAUGAGAUACACUUCUGGGACUGGAGUCGUCGGGAGCCUUUUGCAGUGGUGAAAACAGCCAGCGAAAUGGAGCGGGUCAGGCUGGUACGGUUUGAUCCCUUGGGACAUUACUUGCUCACAGCAAUUGUUAACCCUUCUAACCAGCAGAGUGAUGAGGAAGUGGAAAUCUCCGUGGACAGCACAGAGCUGCCGCAUUAUCGCCAGCGCGCUAUCCUUCCUUCCCAGCCUGUGAGACGCACACCCCUCCUCCACAACUUUCUGCAUAUGUUGUCCUCCCGCUCCUCUGGCAUACAGACAGAGCCUUACCAACCCCCAGAGCAGGCAUCCGUCACGCAGGAGGAGCAGGGGAUACUUAACAGGCCCUCUGCUUUCAGCACAGUUCAGAGCAGCACUGCUGGCAACACCCUGCGCAACCUUAGCCUGGGCCCCACACGGCGGUCCCUCAGCGGGCCCUUGGCAGGCCACCAGUCCCGGUACCAACAGUCUGCGAGAGAGAUGGCUUCUGGCUUAGGCGGGUCUGACUGGUCCAGGACAGUGCUGAACAUGAGCUCUCGGUCAGAGCUGGAAGCCAUGCCUCCCCCUAGGACCAGUGCCUCCUCCGUGAGCUUGCUGUCGGUGCUGAGGCAGCAGGAGGGAGGUUCCCAGGCAUCAGUCUAUACCUCUGCAACAGAAGGGAGGGGCUUUCUGGCCCCAGGGGCUGAGGCGGACAGUGGUAGUAGCGCUGGCCCGAGCAAUCCGGCCAGCAUCCGUAAUGAGCUCCAGUGUGAUUUGAGGCGAUUCUUCUUGGAAUAUGACCGGCUUCAGGAGUUAGAUCAGGGGAUUGGUGGGGAGCCCAGCCAGUCGCAACAGGCUCAAGAAAUGCUCAACAAUCAUAACCUGCUGACCUUUAACAAUGACACGCUGCGCUGGGAAAGAAGCACACCUAGCUACACACCAGGGCAGGUCCAAAGCACGUUUGAGGGUGUGCCUCCAAAUACCAGCCAGGUGCAGCCUGCAGAGAGAACCGAGGGCAGAGCUCCUGCCUCUAGCAGGCUGCAGCUGGGCAGCUCUUCCACCCCGCAGGAGGAGAGGACCGUGGGAGUGGUCUUUAACCAGGAGACGGGGCACGGGAAAAGAGUUUACAGCCAGUCGGCUUCAAGCAGACCUGGGAAUGUAUCACAGGAGGCCUUAAACCAGGAAAUGCCUGAGGAAAGCUCAGAGGAGGAUUCACUCAGGAGGAGGUUACUGGAGUCUUCCCUCAUUUCAUUAUCUCGCUAUGAUGGAGCAGGGUCCCGGGAACAUCCGAUCUACCCGGAUCCAGCCAGGUUGUCUCCUGCUGCAUAUUAUGCUCAGAGGAUGAUCCAGUAUCUUUCCCGAAGGGACAGUAUUCGACAACGCUCUAUGCGUUACCAACAAAACCGUCUCCGUUCUUCCUCCUCCUCCUCUUCCACUUCAGAGAACUCAAGCCCAUCUGUAGAAGGAAAUGAUCUGGAAUUUGAAGAUUUUGAGGACAAUGGAGACCGAUCCAGGCACCGAGCUCCCCGGAAUGCCCGCAUGUCUGCACCAUCACUGGGGCGCUUUGUCCCGAGACGCUUCUUGCUGCCAGAGUACUUGCCUUAUGCUGGGAUUUUCCAUGAACGGGGACAGCCUGGCUUGGCCACCCAUUCCUCUGUCAACAGGGUUUUGGCAGGUGCUGUGAUUGGGGAUGGACAGUCAGCUGUGGCCAGCAACAUUGCCAACACCACCUACCGGCUCCAGUGGUGGGACUUCACUAAAUUUGAUCUGCCUGAAAUCAGCAAUGCCUCUGUGAACGUGCUUGUUCAAAACUGCAAGAUUUACAAUGAUGCUAGCUGCGAUAUCUCUGCCGAUGGGCAGCUGCUGGCAGCCUUCAUUCCCAGCAGUCAAAGAGGCUUCCCUGAUGAGGGAAUACUGGCUGUGUAUUCCCUGGCACCCCACAACUUGGGCGAGAUGCUUUACACAAAGCGAUUUGGCCCUAAUGCCAUUUCUGUGAGCCUGUCUCCAAUGGGCAGAUAUGUAAUGGUGGGACUGGCUUCCCGACGUAUCCUGUUGCACCCCUCCACAGAACACAUGGUUGCUCAAGUCUUCAGGCUGCAACAGCCCCACGGUGGAGAAACCUCUAUGAGGAGAGUUUUCAAUGUUUUGUACCCAAUGCCUGCUGACCAGAGAAGACACGUCAGCAUAAACUCUGCUCGCUGGCUGCCUGAGCCCGGCCUGGGAUUGGCAUAUGGCACCAAUAAAGGGGACCUGGUGAUUUGCCGACCAGAGGCCUUAAACUCUGGAGUUGAGUACCACUGGGACCAGCUGAAUGAGAACGUCUUCGCUGUGCAUUCCAGCAGCAGGAGCACUGAGCGGCCUGGAACCAGCAGAGCCACAUGGAGGACAGACAGGGACAUGGGCCUGAUGAAUGCCAUAGGCCUGCAACCCCGAAACCCCCCCACCUCUGUGACUUCGCAGGGUACCCAGACCUUGGCGCCUCAGCUGCAGAAUGCCGAGACUCAGACAGAGAGGGAGGUACAGGAGCAGGAAUCCACCUCUGCAGGGACUGGGGAAGGUGAAGGUCCAGAAUACGGGGCCAGCGGGGAGGAUGCCCUGAGUAGGAUCCAAAGGCUGAUGGCAGAAGGUGGCAUGACUGCCGUGGUCCAGCGGGAGCAGAGCACCACCAUGGCAUCCAUGGGCGGCUUUGGCAACAACAUCAUUGUGAGCCACCGGAUCCACCGCAGCUCUCAGACUGGUGCAGAGUCCACCGGAGCUGAGGGCACAUCAGCGCAGCAGUCCACCUCACAGCAGCUGGCAGCUGAGCUGGAGGGACGGAUCCUUUCAGAGUCUAUGCAGCUGUCAGAGCACGGCCUGAGCCCGCGGACAGCCCCUAGCGGGAGUGAAGGACAAAGCGCUGGUGAUCUGGACCUGCCAGAGCAGGCCCAGUCCUCCAUGGACACUGAGGGACCAAUUGAAUACAGUGACCUAACUAAUAAUAACCAUCUUCCUGACAGUACCAACUUCUGUAGUAAUGACAGCACCAGUGGGGAGUCGCGGAACAGGUAGAGAUUGAGUUGUGUGUUGGUGCUACCCUUGUACUGCUCAGCAGAGACCUGUACCUCACAGCUGGCCAGGAGCUGGAAGAGUAGGGACGUGUGGCUCUGACAGGAUGCUGGUGGUUCAGAGGGCUUCUCUAUCCUAGAUGAGUGGGAAGGGUUAAGGACUGCAAGGGAAGCCACGGGGAAGAAAGUGUACUUAACUUCCAACAUUCGCACUGCUGAAGAGUUAAGAGGAAUAUGAACCAUACUGGCUGCACAUCAUGCAGAUUUUGAAGCCCCAUGGGAUCCCCUGAGCUCAGCCCUAACUCUGCAAUUCGGUCAGUGUCAUCCUUUGUAAAGCUUCUUUCCUUUCCUCUUUCCUGCCCUUUUAUGCCCAGGGGCUGAUCAGUAGAAUGAAGGGAAGAGGGUCUGCAGCAUCUGUCUGGAGAAGGCAGUCCUACUGGGCGUGAUGCUCCAGCUCUGUUGCUGGAGUGGAGGAGUCUUCCAGGCCACAGUCCCGCUCCGUGGCACAGCACUGCUCCCCCCUCAGAGUGUGGUGUUCUGAGGCCCGUCCUGCCUGUGCUGUGGUCUUUUCUGGGAAGAACUGGGCUUUGCCAAAGCCUGCAUGGCUCAGGAUCUGCUCACAGGUGGGGAUCUUUCCUUUUUAGAGAGUUAGUUUAGUACUUGGCAGGAACCUAAGCAGAGCUGCUGUAUAGAUGGGUAGAGGGACAGGGGCUACUGCUCUCUAGUCAGGAUGCAGUUCACACAAGGAUGUUCUAAGCUGUGCCAAUAUUAACAUGAAUGAGCCAUCCCGGUGGUUUCAUGGCGCCAGGACUGAGCUGCACCUCCUUGGCAGGGGGCAGGAAAUGUCUUUCAGCUCCAGGCCAGGGUGUGAGGUAUGGGUCUGUGAUGUAAGGUGUUGCAUGUGAAAUCUUGACCUUGUACAUGUAGUU